UUCCAUAUAUCUUUGAUGUGUAACUUUUUACAUGAUAUUACAUUUGGGCAAGCACGUACUGAGAUUCCAUUUUCAUAAUCCCCGAAAAUUUACUUAUACCGUAUCCUUUUCCGUGCUUGAAUUGCGCGCGCACUCAUGGCUACACAAUAAACGUCACAAAGAGUUUUUAGUCGUUUCUGUAUUCAAAGUGAUUUUGAAUAACCAGUACUGGCAGAGCCUGCAGAGCUGCAUAAACAUGAUUCCAGCUAUGCAAUACACCGGGAGUUGUUACGACGGAGACUUUACAAAUGGAAGGAUGGAAGGAGAAUGUGAAUAUGAAUUCCCGCCUCUUUUUGGGACAAAAUACAUUGGACAAAUUAAAGACGGGAAGUUGCAUGGCGAAGGAACGAUACAAAUAUCAGAUCUGUUAUGGUACGUAGGGAAAUUCGAGGAUGGAAAAUCAAAAGAGGGAAAAUACGAAUUUCGCGAUGACGGAUUGACGUACGACGUUGAAAAGAAAUGGGAGUACUGCAACGGUACUACUGAUCGAUUAUUUGGUUUGGAGUUGCGGGAUGGUGUCAAACCUGCAGGUCGCUCAAUGAUCUCUAACAGAGUACCUCCACAACAGAUCCCUAGGGGAAUGUACGACAGUGGUGAAGGGUUUUAUGACCCCAUAAAGAGGGUCAUCUACACCUACGAGAUGAAGUUUUUCAAAUCUGCAGAUGAUGAAGAGCAUGAAUGGAUUGUGAAGAAAUGUCGAAAAGCCGAAGAUAAUGAAGUAGACGAUGCAGACGAUGCUGACAAACCAAGUGUUGAGAAUCAAAAAAGUGCCAACGAUAAAAAGGCUAGGAAAAAAACAUUUACGAAUAAAGAUUAAAGCCAAUCUAUUAAUUCUGA